AUGCCGGCUAAACGAGUGCUAAUCGGGUUCGGUGUCGAUGUUGACGCUGUCGCCGGAUGGCUUGGAUCUUAUGGAGGAGAGGAUUCUCCACUCGAUAUCUCGAGAGGAAUGUAUGCAGGAGAGGUGGGAACUCCUCGUUUGCUCAAGUUGUUCAGCAAAUAUGGAAUCAAGACGACCUGGUUCAUCCCUGGCCACAGUCUUGAAACUUUCCCUGAGCAGAUGAAAGCAGUGCGAGACGCGGGUCAUGAACUGGGUCUCCACGGCUACUCGCAUGAAAACCCAGUCGCUAUGACUCUCCAGCAACAAAAAGACAUCUUGGACCAUACCUACAAUUUGCUGACGGAAUUCAACAACGGCAUUCCACCCAAGGGAAGUGUUGCACCCUGGUGGGAAACAAGUAAGGAGGGUACCGAUAUUCUUCUUGACAAGGGAAUAGAAUAUGAUCACUCGAGUAUGGCUCACGACUCACAGGCCUACUACAUGAGGGACGCAGAUUCCUGGACCAAGAUAGAUUAUACCGCAAAUGCCGCGACAUGGAUGCAGCCGCUUAAAAAAGGCAAUGAAACGGGACUUGUCUGCAUUCCAGCCAACUGGUAUCUCGACGAUUUACCUCCCAUGAUGUUGGUUAUCCAGCAUUUAUAUUUAAUUGAUACCGCAGCGUUCAAAGCUAACGAUAUAACUUCUGUAGGUUCAUUAAAUCAAGCCCGAACUCCCAUGGAUGGGUCAAUUCCAGGGACGUUGAACAGCUAUGGAAAGACACGUUCACUUAUUGCUAUAGCGAAUGACCAAUGCAUCUCGCAGGAGCGCUUCAUCGAAUGGGUAAACACGCAUGAAAACGUCCAUUGGGUUCCAAUGAUAGAAAUGGCACGAGAUUUCAGGAAGAAGAACUCGCCUGCUCCUAACGCAAAGAUGCCUGUUGGUCUGAAGCAGGAAAUCUAA